AUGCCGCUCGACAGAUUUCAAGAAAGCAGCCCUGUGUCUGUUAGCAAUCGAGGCGGCAGGAUCGACACAAGCACAGACCAGGCUGUUACAAAGCGCGAAGCUGCCGAAGAAGGUGACUCUUUUCCUGCCGCCGCAGCACCAGUGCGCAACGUUCGUUCGAGGACCACUGAUGGGCUGUUCAAUCCAGCUCAAGCCGCCCGGCCCGCUCAUUCGAUUCACGUCACGACGUCGACGGCUACUCCGACGCUCAAUAGUGUGUCUGCAGAGACCGCACCUGCAGACGAGGAUGGAUCGAUACAGCCUGACGCACUUCCUGUUGCGCCGUACGCCGUCGGCGGAUUCGCAAGUCCUCCCGCCGUCAUGCUUCAACUCAGCGCCGCUCACAAACAUAUUGCUCUGGAAUCUCGCCGGUACCAGGCACCCAGUUGUCCACUGAAGUUCACCAGAGUGGUCGACCUCUUGCGUAGCCACGGCUCGGAUUUUCGAGUCAAUGUGCGCGGCUACUUCAGCUUUUUUCCGGCUUCAGACCUUGGAGCGAUCACCAACGGCAAGAUCUGGAAGUUGAUGCUGUAUGCUGUGCCCGAGUCCGGAGAGGGCAAAGCUCCCGGUAUUCCGCUCUUGAUGUCUGUACCCGACAACGUGCCACUCAGCACACUCUUUCCCGACCUGGCAUUGGACCGACCGCCCGAAGUGGUGCAACUCGAUGUCGUGAUUCUCAAUGCCGUGCUGAUAGGCUGGCACGGCCGCAGCGACAGGUGGCUCAUUGUCGAUAGUCAGACAUCGAUCUUUUCCAACCCAUCUGUGUUAUGGCGUCGGGGCACAUAG